AUGUUGGAGUAUAACAAAAUCAAAUUCGGUCGCUUGAACAAGGGUCUCUGUGGUCAACUUUAUGACUUGGUUGCCAAGGACCAGAUCGAUAUCCACGCCUUCAUGUUCACGAAAGAUUGGCAUGACGCCCUAAAGGGAUGGGAAAAUGACGCUUCGCACCAUGUGCUUGCAGAGAUCAACAUCUACGGGGCAAAAGAGAGAGCACAAGAGAUUGGGAGCGCCUUGUCAAAGUCCGGGAUCUUUCUACAAAUGCCUAAGCACGGGCUAGAAGAUGACGACUACUAUAACCCACAGCUUCUCAGAGUUGAAGGGUUCCCAGACAUGCUAUCGCCAGAGCCAGAGAAUGGGCAGCUGGAGUCCGAACUCAGUCUCUGGAAAUACAACGAUGUUGACUCUGAUGAACCAUUCUAUCAGCAUGUUCUCAGUGGCGCCAAGCGGCCACAGCGAGUGGAGGCCCGUGGUGGCAUAAUAGCGGACGAGAUGGGCUUGGGAAAGUCGCUCGUUAUUCUCUCUACGAUUGCCGGCUCUCUUGAUCGUGCGGAAGCCUUUGCCAUGGCUGAAAGCCAGCAAGGGCCUUCUCAGCCACGAAGGAAACAAGCCUCGAAGGCGACACUGAUCAUAUCGCCGUCUUCCCUGCUUAUAGAUAGUUGGGUGGAUGAAAUUCAGCAUACGUAUUCUGGAAUCUUUCCCUUCCACAAGCAUAUCGGCUCUACAAGACAUCAAGAAACACAUCUCCUAUAUGAUCGGUCAAUUGUAUUCACCACUUACGCUACGGCAGCAGCCGAAUUCCGUCGCGGCCAAAGUAUUCUAUCUGAGACUACAUGGUUCAGGAUCGUUCUGGACGAAGCCCAUGAUAUUCGAAAUCGGGCUACAAACCAAUUUCAGGCCAUGUCUGGGAUUCCAGCUCUCCAUCGCUGGUGCCUUACCGGCACUCCCAUCCAAAACAGUCUCGGAGCACUAGUUUCCUUUCUCAAAGUACCCAUAUUAGAGAAUGCACCGACAUUUCGGAAGUUGAUUGUGAAUCCUAUCAACUCCACGUCAGGGCCUCGCUUUCACAAUCUUCAGAUCCUACUGCGCGCUGUCUGUCUCAGGAGAACACGGCAGCUGCUGGACCUGCCAGAACCUAUCUCGAAGACACGCAUACGCUCUCUUACACCGUCGGAACGGGCUGACUACCAGAAACUUCUUUCCCAAUGCAGAGAAGAAAUUGACAUGGCAGUGAGCCGCCCCGGACGGCAUACCGUUAGUUCUGCUUGCCUCAAGUCGCUGCUCAAACUACGGCUGUUCUGCAACAAUGGCCUCGCAAACACUACCAUCCAGCCGGGACCCACCGGACUGCCCGAUGAUCCAGAUGAAGCACUUAUUUAUCUGCAGCAGUUCGAGGAGAAUCUUAUUGUGUUCUCUUCGUGGAAGAAGCCCCUUACUCGUAUUCACGAGCUUCUGGUUCACUAUGGAAUCCCGCACCGAACAAUUGACGGUUCGCUGCGCCUAGCUGAACGUGUCAAUGUACUGAAGGACUUUCGAUCUCCAGUUGGCACCGAUAUUCUACUCAUGACACUAGGUAUCGGUGCGACUGAACCUGACUAUUGCAUCGCGCAUAUACCUUCUGGAGCCACAGUGGAAUCCAUUCAUCGAGUUGUCAUCAUUCGCUAUAUCAUGAAGGAAACCAUUGAGGAAAAUCUUAUUCUCUUCCGCCAGAAAAGAAAGUUAGAAUUGGCUGGCGAUAGCUUCAAUAGGGGCAAAGAUAUGCAGCCCGAAAGACUGCAGUUACUGCUGGACGUCUUUGGAAUGGAAAAGGCCGGGUCUAGAGAUAAUUGA